UCGAAAAUUUACCACCCUUCUGGCAUAUUGUGCUCUCUAUGUUUGCCUUCCAUUAUAUCAUAUUUUCUUGCUUAAAGUACCCAUCUGUUCGAAUCGUCUUCUCUUUGCAAUUUAUACAGAUUCAUAGACAUACAGGGGAGUUAUAUAUAAUCAGGCAGACAUGGCCGCCAUCAAAGAGUAUGCAAAGAAAGACGUGCAGGAUGAGAUAAGAGAGCCAUUGGUGAGGGUGGAUAGUAACUUGGGUGCUGGAGAUGGAUCAAGUCAUGGAAGCACCAAAGGGGAUCAAUGGAUGGUUUACCUCAGCACAUUCGUUGCAGUUUGUGGCUCUUAUGAAUUUGGAUGUGGUGUGGGUUAUUCAUCACCUACUCAGUCUGCCAUCAGGAAAGAUCUCAAUUUAUCAUUAGCAGAGUAUUCAAUGUUUGGCUCCAUUUUGACAUUUGGUGCAAUGAUAGGUGCCAUCACAAUUGGCCCCAUCACAGAUUUUCUUGGUCGAAAAGGGGCCCUGAGAAUGUCCUGUGUUUUUUGUGUUGCAGGUUGGCUUGCUAUUUACUUUUCCAAGGGGGCUUUGUCUCUGGACAUUGGGAGACUGGCAACAGGGUACGGUAGCGGUGCCUUUUCAUACAUUGUACCUGUUUUCAUAGCUGAAAUUGCACCUAAAAAUCUUCGAGGAAGACUAACUGCUAUAAACCAGUUAAUGAUCGUUACCGGAGUGUCUGUCUCCUUCAUAAUUGGGGUAGUAGUCAGUUGGAGGGCUUUAGCAAUAAUCGGAAUUGUUCCCUGCGCUGUGAUCAUUUUCGGUCUCUUUUUCAUUCCUGAGUCUCCAAGAUGGUUGGCAAAGACAGGACGCCAGAGAGAUUUUGAAGUUGCACUGCAGAAACUUCGUGGCAAAGAUGCUGACGUAUCUCGCGAAGCAGCAGAAAUCCAGGAAUAUAUAGCCUCUCUUGACCUGCUCCCUCAAGCCAAAUUGCUGGAUUUGUUUCAAAGAAGAUACUUGCGCUCGGUCAUUAUUGCAGUUGGGUUGAUGGUCUGUCAACAAUUGGGGGGAAUCAAUGGGGUCUGUUUCUAUGUCAGCAAUAUUUUUGAGCAAGCAGGCUUUUCUCCCAGACUUGGAACUAUAACCUAUGCUAUUCUUCAGGUUGUGGUUACUGGCCUUGGCGCAGCCGUAAUGGAUAAAGCGGGAAGAAAGCCUCUAAUUUUGGCUUCUGCAUCAGGGUUGGUACUUGGCUGCGUCCUCAUUGCCACUUCAUUCUUUCUCAAGGUUCAUGGAUUGGCACUCAAGGCAUCUCCCAUCUUUGCGGUAGCCGGAAUAUUGAUCUUUAUAGGAUCCUUUUCAGUAGGAAUGGGAGCAGUUCCUUGGGUUCUGAUGUCGGAGAUAUUCCCUAUAAACAUUAAAGGACAGGCUGGAAGCUUAACAACGUUAGUGAACUGGCUUGGUGCAUGGUUGUGUUCCUACACUUUCAACUUUCUUAUGAGUUGGAGCUCCUACGGUACCUUCAUUCUCUAUGCAGUAGUAAAUGUUCUGUCUGUGUUGUUCGUGAUUGUGAUAGUACCUGAAACAAAAGGGAAAACCCUGGAACAAAUCCAAGGGGCCAUUAACAAAUAGAUGAUUAAGGAAGAACAAGAGAAGACAUGAAGAGCACUCUUUGUGGAUAUUUCUCAUUGAAAAUUUUGACAGCACAAACCAGGAACCUGGUACAAGGAAGAGGCUUCCACACCAGAAGAAUUUUGUACUGUUAUUUUUACAUAUAAUUAAAUUGAUACAUGCCAGAAUUAGUGUUUAUACAAACCUAAACAAGGACCAACUAAUACUUGGAUUUAAGGUGAAAGUUUUUGUUUUUGUUUUUAUUAAAGGUGAAAAGUGGGUUUCUCACUAACACACUAUCAAAGUGCCAUGGGAUUUUGAACGUGA